GCUGCCAUCAUGACGGCUGAAGAAACAGUGAACGUUAAAGAAGCUGAAAUAAUUAAGCUAAUACUAGAUUUUCUGAACUCAAGGAAGCUUCACAUCAGCAUGCUGGCACUUGAAAAAGAAAGUGGGGUCAUUAAUGGCUUGUUUUCAGAUGACAUGCUCUUUCUAAGGCAAUUGAUUCUUGAUGGCCAGUGGGAUGAGGUUCUUCAGUUUAUUCAGCCUCUUGAAUGUAUGGAAAAAUUCGACAAGAAAAGAUUUCGUUACAUUAUUAUGAAGCAGAAGUUCUUGGAAGCCUUAUGUGUGAACAAUGCAAUGUCAGCAGAAGAUGAGCCUCAGCAUCUGGAAUUCACCAUGCGAGAGGCCGUGCAGUGCCUGCACGCGCUGGAGGAGUAUUGUCCCUCUAAGGAAGACUACAGCAAACUGUGCCUGCUGCUGACGCUGCCCCGCCUCACCAACCACGCCGAGUUCAAGGACUGGAAUCCCAGCACGGCUCGGGUGCACUGCUUUGAAGAAGCCUGUGUCAUGGUGGCAGAGUUCAUCCCAGCAGACAGGAAACUGAGCGAGGCCGGCUUCAAAGCAAGCAACAAUCGCUUGUUUCAGCUUGUGAUGAAGGGAUUGCUUUACGAAUGUUGUGUGGAAUUCUGUCAGAGUAAAGCUACAGGAGAAGAAAUCACAGAAAGUGAAGUAUUGCUGGGCAUUGAUCUCUUGUGUGGUAAUGGCUGUGAUGACUUGGACCUCAGCUUAUUAUCGUGGCUGCAGAAUCUGCCAGCUACAGUGUUUUCUUGUGCUUUUGAGCAAAAGAUGCUUAAUAUUCAUGUUGAUAAACUCCUCAAGCCCACAAAAGCUGCCUAUGCUGACCUUCUGACACCUCUUAUCAGCAAACUCUCUCCUUAUCCAUCAUCCCCCAUGCGCCGGCCUCAGUCAGCGGACGCUUACAUGACGCGCUCCUUAAACCCUGCCCUGGAUGGGCUCUCGUGUGGGCUGACCAACCAUGACAAGCGGGUCACCGACCUCGGCACCAAAACUUCUCCCAUGUCACACUCCUUUGCCAACUUCCAUUACCCUGGGGUACAGAAUCUCAGCAGGAGUCUCAUGCUUGAGAAUACUGAAUGUCACAGCAUUUUUGAGGAGUCCCCAGAGCGUGAUACUCCUGUGGAGCCCCAGCAUCCCAUCGGCAGUGAGACCUCGUGCCAGAGCUCAGCUCCAGAGAAUGAACCUCUCAAUGCAGCACAGAGUCAGGGAUCAGCCAGACAAGAGAAAAAUGAGCUCCGUGACUCCACAGAGCAGUUCCAGGAGUACUACAGGCAGAGACUGCGGUACCAGCAGCACUUGGAGCAGAAGGAGCAGCAGAGACAGUUGUACCAGCAGAUGUUGUUGGAGGGAGGAGUCCAUCAAGAAGAUGGAGCUGACCAGCAACAGAACCUUACUGAACAGUUUCUUAACAGAUCUAUCCAGAAACUAGGAGAAUUAAAUAUGGGUAUGGAGAGUCUUGGAAAUGAUGUACAAACACUCAGCCAGCAAUGUAACGGGAGCAAAGGGCUUGCAUCUACCAAUGCAGCCAGUAACUUCACAUCAGCACCUUCAGAUGGCAGCCAGAGGAUAACUGACAGCCCAAACCUGAAUACCAGCACUCCUCGCAAGUGUGGCUCAGCUAAUCAGAUUCCCUUUCCUGAAGAGUCACCUGUACAGGGGAGUCAAAGUGCAUCAGAGCAUGCCAUCUCUCAGCCGCAGUCAGAAGACUCUUCAGGGAAUUUAUCCCGGACACGAGGUGAUGAGGAUGACAAAUCAAAAAAGCAGUUUAUUUGCAUUAAUACUCUAGAAGACACACAAGCUGUCAGAGCUGUAGCCUUUCAUCCCAGUGGGAGUUUAUAUGCUGUUGGUUCCAACUCUAAAACUUUGAGAGUUUGUGCCUAUCCAGAAGUAAUUGACCCAAGUGCUUAUAAUACUCCUAAACAACCUGUAGUUCGCUUCAAGAGGAAUAAGCAUCAUAAAGGAUCAAUCUACUGUGUAGCCUGGAGUCCCUGUGGACAGCUGUUAGCUACUGGUUCUAAUGAUAAAUAUGUGAAAGUGCUGCCUUUUAAUGCAGAAACUUGUAAUGCAACAGGACCAGAUUUGGAAUUCAGCAUGCACGAUGGGACAAUCAGAGACCUUGCUUUUAUGGAAGGCCCAGAAAGUGGUGGUGCUAUUUUAAUAAGUGCUGGAGCAGGGGACUGUAACAUUUACACAACAGAUUGUCAGCGUGGACAAGGCCUGCAUGCCCUGAGUGGUCACACUGGACAUAUUUUAGCACUUUAUACAUGGAGUGGCUGGAUGAUUGCAUCUGGAUCCCAAGACAAGACUGUAAGAUUUUGGGAUUUGAGAGUGCCAAGCUGCGUUCGUGUUGUGGGAACAACGUUUCAUGGAACAGGCAAGGCUUGCUAUCAUUCUUCUAACCAUCCUGGCCUGAAAAUAGACUUUGAAGAUGUCCAGGUCACACAGAGUGAAUGUAAGGGGAGGCUGUGGCACAGAAGGGCAGCUCAGCUUAAAGCCGUCCGCUUCUCGCCCGGCGCCCACUACCUGCUCACCGGCUCCUACGACAUGAAGAUCAAGGUGACAGACCUGCAAGGGGACCUGACGAAGCAGCUUCCUCUGAUGGUGGUAGGGGAGCACAAGGACAAAGUUAUUCAGUGCAGGUGGCACACACAAGAUCUUUCCUUCCUGUCAUCUUCUGCAGACAGAACUGUAACCCUUUGGACCUACAAUGGUUAGAGUGCAAACAAAGGCAACUAUGCAGCUAAAGCACAGAGACCGAUACUAUGGAACUGUCCAAACAAGUAAUAAUAAUGAGGCUUUGAGAGAGCAGCAGUUGAGCACGAGAGUGUCUUACCAAGAGGAGGGGCACCUGUCACUGAUUUUUCUGGUUUCUAGGAGGUCUUGGUGUUUUUAGUAUAUUCUUUUGCAGUGCUUCCAGUCUUCCAUGUUGAACUCAUGCUGCUGUGACCUAUUGUAGUCUUGUUGCCAAAGUCUAUGAGGAGAACUCUUCUGUUGUUGAUGUGCACUCAGAGUAACAUGAAUGAUGUGUUUACAGUUUGGUAUUAAUUGCAUUCCUUGUUCUUUGCCUCAAUGAGAAUUUUGUAUAGAAACCUAAGUUGAGGAACACUUUAAUCAAGUCUGUAUGUAACUAGUUACACACACACAUGAAAGAAAAACUACUUCCACUGUUUUUUCAGGUUUAUUGUAUUCAUCACUUUUAAACAAGAGCUCAAACUUGGUAACAUCUCCAUAGUUUCAACAUUUUUAGUAAAAAAAAAAAAAUCUGAACUUUAAAGGUUGGCUAGGUAGUAACCACUUCUUGAUUAUGGUCCAUUAUAUAGUGGGGGCUUUUCUUUCUUUUCAUCUAACCUGGGAAAAAUGUUGCUGUUUUUACUACAUGACAUUAUUUUGAACCAGCUAACAUGUUGGAGGGGGAAAAGUAAAAUAUUGACUUUUUCAGUAGAAACAUGUAAUAUUUUACUUUUUGAAUGCAACAGAAUACCUCUGUGUAUAAUGUACUGUAGAAAAGAGUGGAUUGGCAGAAGUUGUCACAGUGAGCUUAAUGGCUAUCAAUUUUUCAAGUAAAAGGGAUACCAUUAAUGCUGUAAUACAAACCAGCAUGGCUUAAAAUGCUAUGUCUGCAUGAUAAUUUAAGAAUUGUUUAAAUUCCCGGUUCAGAAGCUUACCUGAAUUUUAUUUCUUGCACUGUUUAUGUAUGGGAGAUUGCAGUUUUAUUUCUACAAAACUUUAGAUUCUAAUGUUUAUGUAUUGUUAUAUUUUCAUAUUGUACAGUUCCUUUUACUUUUUGAAAUAUAAACCUUAAACUUUAGGUUAUUUAUUUAUUUGAACUGCAGUUACAUUUUGGAUUCUCUUGGUUACUAAAUUAUAUGUGCACUGUAGCAAACAUUUUUAACUAUCGUAUAAAAGUGGAAAGGUAACUAUAGAAGUGUAUCUGUGCUAUAAUCUCAAUAAAGACCUCCAACACCUGCA